AUGACAGCGGUAUUCCAAGAAAUCCCCUUGCGGGAUAUCCCGUCCCCCGUAUCGGGUCGCGCUACCGAUGUUGCGACGCAGAGGAGCUCGAGCGUCCGAGUGAGCAGUCCUGAGCCGCUCGAGCCUGGUUCGGGGCAUGGGAGGGAUAGCUUGAUUGAGACCAGGGAAUAUUAUGGCCUCAGCCCAAUGGCCGGUCCCUCAACCUCUCAAUCCCACCGCUCGAGAUCCAUGUCGGGCCGCCAAUCGCAUAACCGCUCCACCUCCAAUGCUACCUCCAGACUCUCCUCUACCUCCCGUCCGACUUCGCCGGAUGCGAAGCGGCCCAUAUCGUCCAUGUCUGCUCGGUCGGCCGUACCAUUGCCUCUGUAUCGAGGGUUUCUUAGUCCAAAGAAGCCGAAGGCUGCCAUUCGGCUGGAGCAGCGACAGAGGGAGGCGAGCGCAAGUAGGGAACAGCACCCGCAGGGGGAGGAGGAAGAAGCAGCCGAGGGUGGAGAUGCCGGACUUGUGGGCAUGGAGUCGGGGAGAAUAUCGGAGGAAGCAAGGGGAAGUCUGCCUUCUCAGCCUGAAGGAGAGCCGGAGGAUCUGCCUCAUACGGCCUCUACGAGCGACGGGAGGCCCAACGGGCACGCAAGCAGUGGCUUCCCCGAGCCAAUAUAUGGCCGGCCCCCAAAUAUUCGGCACAGCCUCGCCGAACAGUCCUCCCAGCACGCCACCCACGCCGAAUACAGCUCGGACGAUCUCGUACCUACUCGGCAUAACCAGUACCCCUCCUCCGGGACCUACGUGGACGAGGAGAAGGGCCAUGGUCAUGCUCAUCCUCGGCACGCCAAACUGUCCCCUCCUCGGCGUCCGUCGUAUCACGAACGCGGAUCCAGUCGGCGGUCUUCGAGGAAUCUGGAGCGGCCGCAGCGGCGGUACCAGCUCUUUGAGAAUCCUCUGUCGACGUUCCUGUUCAAAGGUCAUGCGAUGACGGGCGGGGAUAAUCUGUAUUCGGUGGGAUUGGUCCUUGUGCUGUUGUUUGGGAUCACGGGGGUCUGGUUUGGGACGACAGGGGUGUGGUAUUGGCGCUAUGCGGGGGAGUAUGGAAUGGCCAAAGGAGGGGGGGUAGCAAUUGAUAUCAUCUUUGUGUAUCUCUUCGGUCUGACAUUAUCCUCCUUCCUCGCCGCAUCCCUCAGAGAACCAGGUAUCAUACCCCGGGACUUAGACCCCAGUCCGCCGAUGUCUCAAGGCGAGACCGACAGCUGGCGUCAGCCGCUCGACCGGGAAUUUGCAGUCAAACAGGGUCGAGUCGUCGUGCGGUAUUGCGAGACUUGUCGGAGUUAUCGACCUCCUCGGGCUAGUCACUGCCGCUUGUGCGGCAACUGCGUGGAUGGAAUCGACCACCACUGCUCGUACCUCCAGACCUGCGUUGGGAAACGGACAUACCUGGCCUUUCUCACUCUCCUCGUUUCAGCGUUCAUCUCGGCAAUCUAUCAGGUCGUGUUCUCCGCCAUCCACUUCUCGCUGCUAUGUCACGGCGAUUCCAUCGGAUUCGGGACAGCUCUACAGCGGAGCCCGGGCGCAGCAGUCAGCUUUCUCAUUGGUGUGGCGGUUCUACCGGGCAUUGGCUUCCUCCUGAUAUAUCAUCUCCGCCUCCUCCUGUACAAUCUCACCACCGUCGAGCAAAUCCGCGCAUCAGCCUCAUCCAAUCUCCUCAAAGCGACCAAAAGGCCCGAUAACCCCUUCGCGGCCGAUUCAAUCCUAAGCAACGUCCUCCUCUCUACGUUGGGCAGACCGCAGUUCCCAAGUUGGGUGCAAGGGUGGAAGGUCGUACAGCCUGAACGGAGGACGGUGAAUCCCGCGUUGACGGAGGAGAGGUGGGUCAAGAUGGGGUAUGAUAAGGGGAUGCGGUAA